AGAGAGACAGAGAGAGAGAGAGAGAGAGAGCAGAAGACACUAGAGUGAAACAGUUCAACAGUUCAGUAGAGAUCUGUUUGCUGUGAACAAUGACUGAGGCCGAGCUGUACUCCCUGUAUAAAGGUGUGUAUGUUCCCUCAGGUCUGCACCCUCCUCAGAGCCUGAAGUACUACGAGGACUUCACCUUCCGCCCCGAUGAUAUUAUCAUUGUGACGUAUCCAAAGUCAGGUACGACCUGGAUGCAGGAGAUCGUCCCUCUCAUCGUGAGCGGAGGAGAUCCGGCUUCUGUUGAGAGUCUUCAUAACUGGGACCGUGUUCCCUGGUUGGAGGAGAGUCGGGCCUGCAUCCUGAAUCUGGAGAACAGGCCGUCUCCUCGCAUGUUAACUACUCACUUCCACUACAACAUGAUGCCUCCAGGCUUCUUCCAAGUCAAGCCAAAGGUCAUCUACGUCAUGAGGAACCCCAGAGAUGUGUUUACAUCUUCCUUUCAUUAUUAUGGGAUGUCCUCCUUCCUGGUGGACCCAGGCCCACAGAGCGACUUCCUCCACAAGUUCCUGGACGGAAAAGUCAUGUUUGGCUCGUGGUUCGAUCAUGUGAAGGGCUGGCUGAACGCUGAGGAUAAAGACAGAAUCAUGUACAUCUGCUAUGAAGAGAUGAUCGUGGACCUGAAGGACUCUGUGUCCAGACUCGCUCAGUUCCUGGAGAAACCUCUGGACUCUGAGGUGAUAGAGAAGAUAGCAGAGCGCUGUUUGUUCAAGAACAUGAAGCAGAACAACAUGUCAAACUACUCUGCUGUUCCUCCCCAAUUCAUGGACCAGACCAAGUCUGAGUUCCUCAGGAAAGGAAUCGCUGGAGAUUGGAAAAACCAGCUGACAGCGUCAGAGGCGGAGCACUUUGAUACAGUCUACAAAGACAAAAUGAAGGAUGUCAAGUUUAAAUUUGUCUGGGAUUAAAAUAAACUUAAUGAACAUAUGCAUGAACGAUGCACAGACGUGUGUCCUUCUCAAAACUGACAUUUAGAUCCUCUCACUGACUUCAUCUUCCUCAUGUUGUUUAUUCAGUUCAUGCUCUCCUCAGUGCUGCGUUCAGGAACUCUCCCCUUGAAUAAAUAUUAGUGUUCAGGUGUUGCCUCCGUCCAAUUGAAUUAGGAAGACUGUCUCUAUCAGUCUUAUGUCCGUCAGCAUAGGAAACACUGGAGCUUCCUCUAUGAAAGGAAAGGAGAAAUGCCAUCCCACAAUUCCUUGCUGCAACAACAUUUAAAACUCUUUUUACUUGUGUAUUCCUUUCAUGUUAUCUUAUUUCAACAUUUCAAUCAAAAAAAAAAAUCCAAAAGGUUUUUGUGAUUA